GAGCAAAAGCCCAGGCUCAGUUUUAGAGCCUGGGAACCGUGUCUACGAAAAUGACAGCUAGAGCUUUCUGGCUCCUCUGUUUGAUCGUUGGAUCAUCUCCCGAAGCCCCAGUGGCGGAGAGAAAAGCCUCGCCGCCCCACAACAGGAAGCCCGACCCCGGCGGCGGCCCGAGCGCGGAGGAGACGCCGGGGCCCCGGGCGCAGCCGGUUCCCGAGGCCCCGCGGCGGCCGCGCGCAGCCGAGGCCGCUCCCCGCGCUUGGUCCGACCCGCGACGCCGGAAGCCCCCGCCGCCCGCCGAGAACCGGGCCGGCUUCCGGGAGGGGCCCGCGCCCGCGCCGCCGCCGCCGCCGCCGCCGCCGCGCCUCAGCCUGCCGCGGAGGGACGCGGGACCCGGCACCGAGCCCUGCGAGCGCGCUUGCAGGACGGACCUGGACGAGCGCGAGUCCUACUGCGCGAGCGAAUUCGCAGUGAACGGAAUCGUGCAUGACGUGGACGUGCUCGGCACAGGGAUCCGGCUGGUGACUCUUCUGGUGGACCGGGACGGGCUGUACAAGAUGAACCGCCUGUACAUCACUCCGGACGGGUUUUUCUUCCGAGUCCACAUUUUAGCCCUAGACUCCUCCAACUGCAAUAAGCCAUGUCCAGAAUUUAAACCUGGCAGCAGGUAUAUUGUGAUGGGUCACAUCUACCAUAAGAGACGGCAGCUCCCUACAGCUCUCCUUCAGGUCCUGAGAGGACGGCUCAGGCCAGGAGAUGGCCUGCUCAGGAGCAGCAGCAGCUAUGUGAAGAGAUUUAACCGAAAAAGGGAUGGGCAAGUUCAAGGUGCAAUUCACACCCAGUGUGUUUGAAAUGUACUACUGUCCUUGCACUUCUGGAUCAUAAGAGACUUGGCUGUCAGCAACGAGACAGCCAAGGUCUGUCUUCGUGUAAUGGGGUCUUCCUGUGGAGUGGGGCACACAGCUCCUUCGGGAAGUGAUCGCGUAGUUCCAGCUCGAAUCCUGAAAUUGCCACUUUCUUAUUUACAAAAUGCUUCUUCCGUGGUAUGCUUCUGAGCUGCCUGGCAAAGUUAUUCAACUCUAGGGGCACUUACUCACACGGCUCAGAUAACUGACCUGUCCAGUUAACAGAUCACUGCUUCAUGGUGUUUAUUUUUAAUUAUUUUAAUUUAAAUACAUUCUUCAGUAGAAAUAGUUCACAAAAAAACAUUUCCUUGAUUUUAAAUAUACAACUUUGAAUAGGUUAUAUCGCGUAUCAAACCAAAUUUCAUACUAAAACCAUCACAUUUUAAAUUCUGUACAUAACAGUAAGUGCACUAGUCAGAAGACAUAUAUGAAAUGUCAUUUAGAUCAAACACUAGGGUCAGAGCUCAAGACAAGUAUUAAAGUUUUACACUUAAAAAGUACUAACGGGCUUAAUUCAAGCAAAAUAUUCAAACAAGUGUUCCUGAUGUACCAAAAUGUAAGAAAUAGUUUGUUUUCAUGCCUCCCUGCUCCUAAAACAUAUGUUGUGUGCCAAACUGGCAACACAAUGUCUAUCCCGAUGCUAGACAUGUUCUGGGCGUAUCUGAUGUCAUUUUUCUGUUAAGACCAAGUAUCAUGUUUGUGUUUGUCAAGUAGUAAAUCUUGCCUUGAAAUCAGA